GCAAGGAGAGGAAAAUCAUUUGAAAUCAAGCAAUCACUGCAACAGAAAAUAAAAUAAAAACAAAAAAAGUUCCGCUUUCUCUUUCAUUCAUAAUUUCAUAUAUAAAGAAAACCCUAUAUACAGGGCAAAUCCCGAGAGAACCUCAUUGGACUCUCACCUCCUCCCUCUUCUUCUUCUCAGGUACAAUACAACUACUGUUUUUUUGAUACCUGGACUUAAUUUUUGCUCGCGUGAAAAUUGAGAAACAGGCUCUGCUUGCUAAGUUGGAAACUGUAGUGUAAAAUGUCAUCAGUGAGCAAGGCUGAUAGCAAGGCUUCUCUAGAUGUGGCCUCAUGGGCUUUCAAUAUUGUUACAUCUGUGGGAAUAAUCAUGGUCAAUAAAGCCUUGAUGGCUACGUAUGGCUUCUGUUUUGCUACAACAUUAACAGGUUUGCAUUUUGCCACAACAACAUUGUUGACUCUUCUUCUUAGAUGGCUGGGUUAUAUUCAGGACUCUUAUCUACCAUUACCCGAACUUCUCAAGUUUGUCAUGUUUUCAAAUUUUUCCAUUGUUGGAAUGAAUGUGAGUUUGAUGUGGAACUCUGUGGGCUUUUAUCAGAUAGCAAAGCUGAGCAUGAUUCCAGUAUCUUGCUUUCUGGAGGUUAUUUUUGACAAGUUCCGGUACUCAAGGGAUACAAAGCUUAGCAUAGUACUAGUUCUCCUUGGAGUUGCUGUCUGUACUGUUACAGAUGUGAGUGUCAAUUUCAAGGGCUUUUUUUCUGCUGUGAUCGCAAUCUGGAGCACAGCCCUCCAGCAGUAUUAUGUACAUUUUCUUCAACGCAAGCAUUCUUUAGGAUCUUUUGACUUAUUGGGACAUACCGCUCCAUUACAAGCUGCAAGUCUGCUUUUAACUGGUCCUUUUGUAGAUUACUGGUUAACCGAGAAAAAGGUUUAUGCCUAUGACUACACUGUGACAUCAGUGCUUUUCACAAUCCUGUCAUGCACCAUUGCAGUGGGAACCAACCUUAGCCAGUUCAUCUGCAUCGGCAGGUUUACAGCCGUAUCGUUCCAAGUGCUUGGCCAUAUGAAGACCAUUCUUGUCCUGAUUCUAGGGUUCAUUUUAUUCGGGAAAGAAGGUCUUAACCUACAUGUAAUUCUGGGUAUGAUCAUUGCAGUUGUAGGAAUGAUCUGGUAUGGUAACGCCUCGUCCAAGCCUGGCGGAAAGGAACGACGGAUUUAUUCAGCUCCGAGCAACAAAUCACAAAAACGCGACUUAUUGGAUUCCACCGAGAUCAAUGACAAGGUCUAAAACUUCGGUUACAGCUAUAUAUAUAAAUCAAAGUUGCAAAUUGUUAUUAAUGUUGCUUAUUCAUGUUGGUCCCAAAGCUACCGAAGUUCGCCCAAUAUUAAUUUUUCAGUGUGAAAUUCUGAGAACCUGUGAUAUCUUUACAUUUUUGUUUUAGGGUACAGAGGAAUGAUGCAUUUUGAAAUGGAAAAGGAUCAUAUAUUUAUA